CCACCUGGAAAUUUAAACUCCGUCGACGACGAAGAGCUAGCUUAAAUUACGUCGGUAACUCUUUGAAUACUUUGGCGAUCGGGUCAUCUCCUCAUGGGGCCAACUGAGGAGGCAAAGCGGAGUGAAGGUGCUGUAACAGGGAGGGCCGGGCGUAAGGAGGAGGUUCUGGCUGAGGCUGCUGCUUUUGUGAAGCAGAGUGGAGGGGAUCCUGCUGACCAGUUCUUGGUCCUGGCCCACUGCAAGAUCCAGUUUGGGAAGUACCAGGGCCAGAGGUUCCGGUGGCUUCUUGAGAACUCGCUGGGCUAUGCCGUGUAUCUGGUCAGCAGCAUCAUGAGAGAAGAGGAGAAGGACAACCCGCUGUCGGCCAGCAAACACCUGUUCCUCAAGUACACCUCCCAGAUCAAGGAGGAGGGGGAAGCUGUGGAGGUGUUCCAGAGGAAGCAGGCCAUGCUCCUGGAGGCCCAGAAGACCGGUGACUCCGUAUGUCUGAUGGUGGAGUUUGGAGACUUUAAAGGCAGAUCCAUGAAGGAGGUGUAUGAGGACCCAAGCAGGGAGGCCCAGGCUCUCAUCACCUACCUGAAGAAGGCCAACGCCCGGCCGAAUACCAACAUAACCCUUUUCAAAGCAUACGUGCUGAAGAGGCAGGCUCCGUCUCCACCCCACCUGCACACCGUCACCGCAUCUGCUGCCUCCUCUACAGCGACUUCUCCUCCUUCUCCUUCUCCUCCCCCUGCUGCCACUCAGAACCGGCCCGGAUGGCUGCCACUGUGAAGGCCUUGUUGGCACAUGGCAAACAUUUGUCUCCUUCACAGCUGGCACAAAAAAUAAUAUCUCCAUCCAAACCCUCUGCAGUCCCUCGUUGCCCACAUCCAUCUGAGUCCACUGCCCGGAGACAGCUGUUUACCCACG